AUGAAGAGGAUGAUCCCCAAUACUACCCUCCUCGUCGCAGCCCUGGUACUAGUAGGGCUGGUCCUUUACAUUUUCGCGAAACGCAAGAAAGGACCAUACGCAUGCCUUUCUCUUCCCCCAGGCCCAAAGGGCUUGCCCCUGAUUGGGAACUUGCUGGACCUCCCGAAGGAAUCUCAGUGGGAGACCUAUCAUAAAUGGUGCAAGGAUUUCGACACCGACAUUCUCUACUUAAAUUUCGCGGGCACGGACGUCAUUGUUUUGGAUUCAAGCGAGGCUGCCAAUGAACUCCUCGAACGGCGCUCGUCAAUCUACUCCGGAAGAGCUCGAUUCUUGAUGCUGAACGAGCUCAUGGGAUGGGACUUCAGCUUCGGUUUUAUGGAAUACGGAGAGCAAUGGCGUAAGCGCCGACGCGCCAUGCAUCUUGAAUUCCAUCCAACAGCCGCGGCUCAAUUCAAGCCGCACUCCCUCCGGGCAGCCCGAAACCUCCUUAAUAGGAUCCUCGACAAUCCGGAAGAUGUUAAUGGAAACCUUAGAUGCGCGGCUGGAGAAACAAUUAUAGCUGCCACAUAUGGCUUGAACGUUGAGUCCAAGGACGAUCCAUAUAUCUCUCUGGCGAAAGAAGCUAUACAUACCUUGGAAAUCGCGUCCAUCCCGGGCGCCUUCCUCGUCGACGAUAUUCCGAUACUGAAAUAUGUACCGGACUGGUUUCCUGGAGCCGGUUUUAAGCGGAAUGCGAAAGACUGGAAGAAAUUGGCACUAACGAUGAGGGAGAAACCAUUCGAGGCUGCCAAGCAUAACAUUGCUGCUGGCACCCCCAUUCCAUCGUUCGUGUCCACCAGUCUCAAGCGUAUGCGAGAGGAUUCCAAAGAGACACUUACCGAAGAGAUUAUUCGGGACGUGGCCGCUGUUCUAUAUGGAGCUGGUACAGACACGACACUCUCAGCUAUAGCAUGGCCCGAAAUCGACCGAGUGGUCAAACCGGGGCAUCUUCCUGACUUCGACGAUGAAUCGUCUCUACCGUAUAUCACCGCUAUCGUCAAAGAAGCCCUACGUUGGUACGACGUCGUCCCCACCGCUCUUCCGCACCGCCUUGAGGUCGAGGAUGAAUAUAAAGGCUACCGCCUUCCAGCCGGUUCUCUUAUCGUUCCAAAUGCUUGGGCCAUGCUCCACGAUGAGACCGUCUACCCAGACCCAUUUACUUUCAACCCAGAUCGCUUCAUGAAGGAUGGAAAAUUGAAUCCUGAUAUUCGAGAUCCCGAACACGCUUGCUGGGGCUUUGGAAGACGGAUUUGCUUGGGUCGUUACAUGGCCUUUUCUUCUGUUUGGAUUAACGUUGCCUCAAUCAUUGCGGCCUUUGAUAUCAAGAAAGCGGUCGACGUGAACGGGAACGUGAUCCACCCCACUCACGAAUAUGUCUCCGCUCUUGUACGGUUGCCGUUACCUUUCAAGUGUUCCAUAAUACCUCGCUCCAAAAAGACAGAAGACCUUAUCCGCUCCAGUGCCAAUGAAGAUGUCUUUUAG